AUCACAGCCAUCACAGCCUAUGAUCACUGCACAGGAUACUUCUCAAAGAGGUGGGCAGACAUUUGGACCCAUUGUGAUUCCAAGUUUGUUUUUACAUUGAAAUCAGAAAUGGAUGCUAAAGUGCUUUUGAUUUUCGUCAUUUUUGGAUUUGGUCACGUGCCCUCACACUCUCAUGGCCCUCUUGUUAUUCGUGAGUACCACUAUGUCAACCUGUUGAUGAACUGGACCAGCGCUCGGCACUACUGCAGAGAGAAAUACUCCGACCUGGCAACCUUUGAAAGCAUGGCUGACAUUCGUAGGGUAAACAGACCUAGUCAGCACCAAUUUGCUUGGAUUGGACUGUCUGAUGAUCCACAAUCUUGGAAGGGAAUUAUGGGUAAUGAUGCAAACUCCUGGAGAUGGUCCUCAACAGGUGAAACAAGCAAAACUGGCUACCAAAACUGGCGAACAGGUCGGCCAAAUCAUUAUCACCACCCCCGGGCCUGUGUGUAUGGGAACGCUGAAGGAAAAUGGAUUGAUGACGCCUGUCACAAGGAACUAUAUUUUGUUUGUUACGACGAUACACUUCCUGCAGGCGAGAAAACAUAUACUUUAUAUGACACCCAAGCUCGUGCAUGGGAGGAUGCCCAGACCUACUGCAGAGCACACCACACAGACCUGGCUAUGAUUGAGAACGCUCAAGAAAACACAGAUAUGUUGUCAAUUACGUCAGAACAUUCUGUGUGGAUUGGCCUGUACAGAGUGCUUUGGAGGUGGUCGGACAACAGCAACAGCUCCUUUAGAAACUGGAGGAGUGGUCAACCAAAUAACUAUUUUGGUAACCAGUACUGUGUAGCUGACGAACGAGGCCAAACGUGGAACGAUGUUGAUUGUUACACGGAGCAUCCCUUCUGGUGCCAAGUUGGAGGGGUGAAGAUCACGAUGUUGAGGGUGAAGAUUCAGACUGAUGCUGACCUUUCAGAUCCAGCUACUAAUCAACAAGUCCUACAGCAGCUACGUGAAAUUCUCAGGGACAAGAUACCGGCUGACUUGACCCUGCGCUGGAAGAGUCAACCCGUGAAAUCAGGGGAAGAUACUGAUGAAGUAAAUUGAUGAUUUGCUCUUUUUAAUUGAUUGAUUGAUGUGUUGGUGUUUAUCUAGACGUUGCCAAUAGUAGAAUGAAUGCCUGUAGCCAUAAUGAUGUAUGUAGAUGAUUUUGUUAACCAAUAGAUCAAUUACUCAAAUCAAAGCAUUUUGUAAUUUUCAAUCACAGUGCACUCUGCAUACCAAACUCAAUAUACGGCUAAAUGUUGAGCAGAGAAAAUGACAAAAUACCAGAAUACAUGGCAAGCUUGUGAAAUAUUUUAUGAAUGUACAUGCAACAUCUUGCACAUUUUGAGAGUAACUUCACACUGUUGAAAAGCAAUGUUUGGUUGAAAGCCGGUUUCUGUUUCAGAUAAAUAAAGAAAAUAUUAUCAGGGGUGUUGAGUUACUC